UAGCUCAACUACUAGCUAUGGCGCUAACAUUAGCUAAAGUCUGCUCAUCUGUUAUUAAACCUACAGCUUUAACCUACAGGUUGCAACAUAAGUGCAUAGUUAUAUCGUGUUUAAAUGCGAUGACUGGUCUAAAAACUAACUACUAUGCAGUUGUUUUCUGACAUUGUUUUAGCGAACAGCGCUGACGUUGACUAAAAAGACUAGCUUCGUUAGCUAACGAGUGACCGCACAUGACAGGCGUCCCAAGAAACAGCGACUUGUCAGCUAAGAGCAUGCCAGACGGUGAAGUUCAGGUUGCGUCCCAGGUCGAAAACCCACAGUUAGGACAACAUGCACACGGGGACCGGAGUGGUGGUGGUGGUGGAGGGCCGGAGACAGACGGCAAUGAGAGCCUUCCAGACUCUGGACCAACAGAGGUGGAUGACAAGCAGUGGUUGCUGUUGGCCGACGUUGCUCUGACGCCCCAACGUGGCGAUCCCGCACUCUGCAGCUGUCUGGACGUCGAAGACAUGAACGACAGCGUCCACUCCAUGAAUUUCAAGCUCCAAUACUUAAUUAAGCAAGCGAAUGACCUGCAAUUUGGCCUUCUGGCUGGACAAAGUGAUCAAGAGAGAAGAACCGUUGCUGCUAAAGCACAAACGCUGUUGCAGAGCUGUCAGCCCUUCUUUAGCGACCUGGAGGCGGGAGCUAGGAGCACGAGGCCCCUCGUCGUCCCCGUUACAAGGCGUCAAUUAGAAAACGAAAAAGCACAUUUGAGAAAGUGCAUGAAGCUGUGUGAGUUUUCUCAGCAGCUGUGUGACAGGUUGGAGCAGCUGGUGUUGACCUUUUGCAGUUACGAUCUCCUCUGUGUGGACGAUACCGACCCUAAUAGCGUGUCUCCCUUCUGCCUCGGCCAGGCUCAGCUGGGCCACCUGAGGCUGACCACGUUCCGCUACUGGAAGCCGAUGCCUUACCUGGCACAGAUCAACACUGGCCUGUACAAACGCAUGCGUUGGAAUGUGGAGCGGGUCCAGGCCGAGCAGCAAAUAAGCGAGGAGCAGGGUGGACAGAGCACAGAGAAGCAAGCAGAGAAUGAGUAUUACUUCCUGUGCUACGAGGACAUUCCCAGCACACAUGCACUGACUGAUGAGGGUGGCAGCAGCAGCAGCAGCAGCACACACAGUAACAAAGAGAGAAUGUGGUCUAUUGGUCUUUGGGUGCAGGUGGACCCCAACCCCACCACAGAUGACAUCUAUGAAUGGUCUGAUAGCUUAUCAACAGGUUUUCUCAGGUUCUUUGGCUGCUGUAUUUUAGGAUCUUGUGUGAGGUUCCCCAGGCCACCUACCACAAGCUGUUGCUUCUAGGCAGUGCUGAACCAACUAGCUGCAAUGCCACAGACUGCCUGCAGCAGCUGCUGUUGUCACAGCAGACCACACACUGAUGGGCCCUUGCAUGAGCAGCAGGAUUCAUUGUUGCAUGUUUACUGCAUGUUUUAUAGGAUUUACAGUAUGUGGAGCCUGGACCAGUUCAGAAGUUGUACUGCCUCAUGUUAGGUUUUUUUAAAUACUUUUAAAUGUUCUAUUGUUGAUUCAGAUUUUAAGAAUUUGAAAGAAAAGGUCAGUUUACACAUUCCGUUGCAAAGAAGCUCAAGCAUUUUAUUUAAAAAAAAACUUUUAUUAAUUUACCAAUGUAUUGAAAUAAUAACAGAUUUGUCUUUUAGAAAUUCAAAGACAGUUAGGAAAUCUUUACAAUAAGCUGCCAUAAUGUGGGCCUCACAAGUGAAAAACCCAGUUUACUUUAUUUCAAAGAAUUCAAGUCAUUUGAAUUAGUACAUGUAUACUUCACUUCCUUUUAAUAAAUUAAUGUCCAACAAGAGAUUUGAAAUUGAGCCAAGUAUGAAAUUAAGGUGUUCAGCUUUGUUCUGUUUGACCUGGCAAUGAGUGUUCAGCUCAUGAGUUCUGUUUUGUGGGCAUAAAAAAGGCUUUUACUCAAAGUGAAGAAUAAAAUCAAACAUUUACAACCAG